GCGGGGCUGGCGCCCGUGCGCGCGGCCGUGCGCUUCGGGGGAUCCUCCGGUCUCCGCGCCCGGCGGGGUUCUCCGCUCCUUCCUGCGUCGGCUCCCUUCCACCCCCCGCUGCCUGAGCCAUGUCCACGAGAGUGGCUCCGCCUCCGGACCCUCACCACCCCCCAGAGAAGCCCGUCAUCCACUGCCAUAAAUGUGGGGAGCCAUGCAAGGGGGAAGUGCUUCGUGUACAGACCAAACAUUUCCACAUCAAAUGCUUCACCUGCAAAGUGUGUGGCUGUGACUUGGCCCAGGGCGGCUUCUUCAUAAAGAACGGGGAAUAUCUCUGCACCCUGGACUACCAGCGGAUGUAUGGGACACGCUGUCAUGGCUGUGGAGAGUUUGUGGAAGGCGAGGUGGUGACCGCCCUUGGCAAGACGUACCAUCCCAACUGCUUUGCUUGUACCAUCUGCAAACGCCCGUUCCCACCAGGAGACCGAGUCACGUUUAAUGGGAGAGACUGCUUGUGUCAACUCUGUGCACAGCCCAUGUCUUCCAGCCCCAAAGAAGCCACCUGCUCUAGCAACUGUGCUGGCUGUGGAAGAGACAUCAAGAACGGGCAGGCGCUCCUGGCCCUGGACCAGCAGUGGCACUUGGGCUGCUUCAAAUGCAAGUCCUGCGGGAAGGUCCUCACCGGGGAAUAUAUCAGCAAGGAUGGCGCCCCAUACUGUGAAAAGGACUACCAGGGGCUCUUCGGGGUAAAGUGCGAAGCGUGUCACCAGUUCAUCACAGGGAAAGUCCUGGAGGCAGGUGACAAGCAUUAUCACCCUAGCUGUGCACGAUGCAGCAGAUGCAACCAGAUGUUCACAGAAGGAGAGGAAAUGUAUCUUCAAGGUUCCACUGUUUGGCAUCCCGACUGUAAACAGUCUACCAAGACAGAGGAAAAACUGCGGCCGACCAGGACCUCCUCUGAGAGUAUUUAUUCUAGACCAGGUUCCAGCGUUCCCGGCUCACCAGCGCACACCAUCUAUGCAAAAGUAGACAAUGAAAUCCUGGAUUACAAGGAUUUAGCAGCCAUUCCCAAGGUCAAGGCGAUUUACGAUAUUGAACGUCCAGAUCUUAUUACCUAUGAGCCUUUCUACACUACGGGAUAUGAUGACAAGCAGGAGAGACAGAGCCUUGGAGAGUCUCCAAGGACUUUGUCUCCUACUCCAUCAGCUGAGGGCUACCAGGACAUACGGGAUCGGGUGAUGCACCGGUCCACCAGCCAAGGCUCCAUCAACUCCCCUGUGUACAGCCGCCACAGCUACACCCCCACCACGUCACGCUCUCCCCAGCAUUUCCACAGACCUGGCAAUGAGCCGUCCAGCGGCCGGAACUCCCCUCUCCCUUACCGGCCCGACAGCCGCCCUCUAACUCCAACUUACGCUCAGGCCCCUAAACAUUUCCAUGUUCCAGAUCAAGGGAUCAACAUCUACCGAAAACCACCCAUCUACAAACAGCAUGAUACAGCUGCCUUGGCAGCCCAGAGCAAGUCUUCAGAAGACAUCAUCAAGUUUUCCAAGUUCCCAGCAGCCCAAGCGCCAGACCCCAACGAGAUACCAAAGAUUGAAACGGACCACUGGCCUGGUCCCCCCUCUCUGGCGGCCAUAGGAACUGACAUGAGACGCAGAUCUAGAGAGGAAGAUGAAGAGGAACUUCUGAGACGCCGGCAGCUUCAGGAAGAGCAGUUGAUGAAGCUUAACUCAGGCCUGGGGCAGCUGAUCCUGAAGGAAGAGAUGGAGAAGGAGAGCCGGGAAAGGUCAUCCCUGUCUGCCAGUCGCUAUGAUUCUCCCAUCCACUCAGCUCCACAUGCUCCAUCAUCUAAAACCUCGUCUCUCCCUGGUUAUGGAAAAAAUGGGCUUCACAGGCCAGUUUCCACGGACUUUGCUCAGUACAACAGCUACGGGGAUGUCAGCGGGGGAGUACGAGACUACCAGACCCUUCCAGAUGGACACAUGCCAGCAAUGAGGAUGGACCGAGGAGUGUCCAUGCCCAACAUGUUGGAACCAAAGAUAUUUCCAUAUGAAAUGCUCAUGGUGACCAACAGAGGGCGCAACAAAAUCCUGAGGGACGUGGACAGAACCCGGCUGGAGCGCCACUUAGCCCCAGAAGUGUUUCGGGACAUCUUUGGAAUGUCCAUUCAAGAGUUCGACAAGUUACCUCUUUGGAGACGCAACGACAUGAAGAAAAAAGCGAAACUCUUCUAAGUCCCACACAUAAGCAGCAACUAGAAAGGGACUGGCAGUGGCGACGAUGCCGGCGAUGAUGUAUCAAGGUCCAAACUUUGAUUGGAGAAUUUACAAUGCACCGUCCCUCAGCAACACACCAAGGGAAAGUCUGGCCACUCGGUACCCUGAGCCAAAUAUUGGGCCAACCAACAGUAACACUUGCCAAGCAGCAAUGGGUAGAAAUUUCUAUGUUCCCAAACACAGCAGUAAUGUUCACAGGUGACCUUUCUACAUGACAUAUUGACCACACAGGACUGGCCUGCCUGCCUUCCUCCCUCUCUCCUUCCCUCCUUCCUUCCCUCUCUCCCUCCCUUCCUCUUUUUUCUCUCCCUUUAACUUUUCCUUUAAUUGUGUCUACCAUAGUGCUGACUGUAUCAAUCAGAGCCAGCAAGUGCCCUUAGGAUAGAGUGUGUGCUGAUUCCAAAGUACGAACAUAUUUAUUCUCCAGCACUGUGGCUAAGGGGGAGGGGGAGUCAGAGGGCUGCUCCCACAUGGUAGCAGUAACUUAGCACACACCUUUCCUUGCCCACUUUGUGCUCCUCUGCCUGGGCUCUGGCAGGGAUGGAAGUCAGUCAUGGAACCAGGCAGCUCUGGUUGAACCUCUGAACGACUUUUUUUCCCCCAUAGGCUCUUUAUUGUGGGAUCUGGUUGGCAAAUUGCUAGGAUCUUUUUUUAAGAGAAAGGUAAGGAAAAGAAAGGAAGGCAGCCCUCCUGGACUUGUUUUCUGAUUCAGAUAGUGUGCUGAAUGCUUUCUCUAUGCCAAGGACAGGAGUUGGCUUAGGCAUUACCUUUGCAAAGAAAGGAAAGAUAAAAAUGGUUUCCAGAUUGGCCCGGCUACAUGUUGCUAGGUAAUUUCUGUCCAUAGCCCAUAAUAUUCUUAAAGAAACAAAAAUCCCAUGUCUUGUCACCCAUAUAAGUUCAUCCUUUCUGACAGUGUCCUGUGCUGUCUGUGUGGCAUCCUAUGAAUCAGGUCAUACCCAGGCUGAGUUUAUUUUAAAGUCUUUGGUAAUAGGCUAAGAAAAGGCAUGCUUUUCUCUGAAAUCUCUUCAACUUUAAUAGAUGGCUUCAAAUAGAUUUAAGUUGGCCUUUAUAGCUCUCCUUGCCUAGUAUUGUUCACUCUGAUGUGUGUGUGGGUGUCUGUGUGUUUGUGUCUGUGUGCCUGUCUGUCUGUCUGUCUGUCUCACCCACCCAGGGCAGUUUUGUGAGUCUGCAUGUGCUUUUAGGUUUUGGAUGUUGGUCACACUGUGCUGCAGCUUCUUAGGGACAUUUUGCACCAGUGCAUGUGACUCAGCACUCAUGGAUGAAAGCCAGCCUGUGUCCCCAGCACCGCCUCCUUCGUGAGAGGAUGUUGGUGCCUGGAGACCAUGCGCUGAGGUAACUAAUGCUGAAGAAGACAGAAGAGGCUGAGGCCUCUCUCCAGAGGCCUCACACACUGCAGCUCUUCAUCCAAAUUAGAGUCUAGCGAUUUUCACUAGAAUGUGUGGCUGAGGCCAUGUUACAAUAUGGCAUCAUACGUGGGAUGAGGGGUCUCUCCAGCUCCACACACGGGAGGUUAGGGCACAUUUGUUCUUGCACUUUGGGGCUCCAGUUGCAGAUUUACACUCUUAAGUGCAAAUACCACUGAGCACAAUGUCUCAGAAAUUCUGGUGCUCUAAAGAUGGAGAUUACUAGGCAUCCACCUGACAUUGGGGGGCAAAUGGAAGCAGUGUGGGGCUUGAGCCCAAGUGGCAGGCUUGCGACCCGCUUGUGUCUGUAUGAUGUAGUGAAUGAUGUAGUGAAUUCUAGGAUGUAGUGAAUAUUCUAACUGCUUUCUGGGGUUCUCUUAUGCUCUAUGAGGAAAUCUAAGCUUGAGUACUACUCUCACAAAUCCAUGAUUAUAUGUUGCACCUACUAAUUUUUCUAGCAAAGAGCUCCGAUGGGGUGCCUGAGCAGAUGAGAGGCCAGUAACUCUGGUCUGCAGGCAGACUGAAGCCCGCAGGGAGCCCUCUCAGGUCUCAAUUGCCUGUGCGCUUCAGGCUAUGUUCCCGGUACCCUGUCCAGCACUGACGGUCUCAGGUCAAAGCCUGAAUUGUCUUAGUUUUUGCCUUGUCCUGGCAGAUAGAGGGAUGGGGGCUAUGGCACAUGGUUCCUGACCGUGUGUUCCUACUACUGUCAGCAACAGUGGUGGACAAGCAGCUGCCAGCAUGUUUUCAUGGUGGAGAUAAUAAAGAGCCUGCCAUGUGUUCCAUUUGGUAAUGAGUUAUCACUCAUAAACAUGCAGAUGAAAUGCCAGGGUAGGAAAAAACCAAGGGAUUCCAGAAACAAGGGCACAGGCAGGUAGUUUGGCUAUUCUUCUUGUUGGUCUCCAGGAGAAGGGCCUGGCUGCCAUGGGGAUAGGACAGUGAGGCUGAGGGGAAUCCUAGAGGGUCAUUUUAAAAUCGGCUCCUAAUUCUCCCCAUGAUGAAAAUCCCUGCUCUUCUUUGUAUCUUUUGAACUCAAUUCUGACUCCAACUAGAAAAGCAAAACCUUCCCAUAUCAACUGUACUGAUUCAUUUAGAUUGCCUUGUGCAAAACUGCAUUGCUGGAAAACAUCAGCAGCCUUUCUCUGCUGUGGGGAGGGACCUCUGCAGAUCACUGGGGGGGGGGGGGGGGGGGACAUCUGUGCUACACUGACCUGGAAGAAUAGGUUGGGGACAAGCUGGUUCUAAUUGCCAAAUCUAAACGAACGGGCCUAUCUGUCAAGCUGGGCUCCCCAUGCUUGAGCUUGAAAAGUUCUGACCACAGCCCAGGAGAGGUGUUUUCUACUCCUCCCUCCCCCCCGUGCUGUAUGUCAAAGGAAACUACAGUUGUUACAGUCAAAUCAGCUUGUCCAUUCUAGUGAUAGAAUUAUACCCAUAGCAGGCUUGGUGCAUAUAUUAAGGGCUAUAUUUCCUAGCAUUUGACUGACCUGUGGCUCGAAUCACAUACUGACUGCAUGAAGAGGUUACUAUGACCCUAUGAGAGUCAGUGCUUCCUUUUAAAAUUUCUUCAAGACAGUCCAAACCAUCACCUAGUCUUCCUGUGCAGUUUACUAGGAGGUAUAAAGAGCAUUUGGAAACCUGGACAACUAGCUAUGUAUCUCCUUUCUGGUUUGGGGUUCAUUGAGAAAAAAUUUUUAAUAUGACUCCUUCAAUAACUAAAUAUAAACUGCCUGUUCUCUGAAACUUCAAAGAGGAAAAAAAAAACAAGUUAAUGGGUAAUAAUGGUGCAGAAAACUGGGGUGGGGGAAGGUAUUCUGUCUGUCCUGUCCUCUGUUCCUCCCUAACCCUGAUUCUGUUGGCUCCAAACUGAGUCUCUUCCGAAGCAAAAGCCAGAGCUGUUUUUGAUUCGAACGCAGAUCCUCUCCAUCCCUAUCUGGUGUCAAUUACCUCUAACUUGCAGAAGUUCCGCUGGAAAUGUUUCUAGAAUCUCACCUAACUUCUUUACACAUUGAAGCAAACAUCUUUUUCUAAGAAUUGCUUCCCAGAUUUUAUAUAUAUACAUAUAUUUAUGUAUAUAUAUAUAUAUAUAUGCUUUUGCAAGCUUCAAAGAAUUCAAAAUUAACCACUUUUGACUAGAUCAGUCUUUCUAAAGAUUAUUUUGAGCAAACAGGGUGGCGGUCUGGUGUGCGUUGUAGGGGCAAGCAUGCCUCUAGCUAUGGCACCCAGAACCCCGUUACUCAAGAGUCACAGAAGGGAAGUAGCCCUCUGCAUCCUCUGAAACAAGCUCAGAUUUAUAAAACACUUUGUAUUUCUGGUAACUAAUCUGUACUUCCUAUGCUAGACUUGAUUUUAUUUGAUUUUAAGAAUUUGUUUUCUUUGGAUGAACUAAGUGUAUGUAUGCCUCCAAUUCAUUCUGUAGUGUGCCCUUUUGAAGAACUUUCCAUCCAGGAAAAUAAAAAAAUAAAUAAAAGAUUAUUUAGGGAUUGAAAUGUGCAAUACCAUCCUUCCAUGAUAAGCUUUAAGGGAACUGCUCACUUAUUCCUUGAUGGGAGAAAGAGAAGCCUUUACUUUGAUGAUCUUUAAAAAAAAAUACAAAAACAACAACAACAAAAGCAUCACCAUCUUCCCAUUUCCUGCUCAGGAAGGGAGACUUUUGACAACUAUCCUUUGCAUAUGGAUUGUUCUAUUUCCAUUUGAGCAGAGUUUAACUUAAGGCAAACUCAGUCGGGGACAGUGAUGAAUUCAGGUGGACCCUUUCUGAGUGGUGACUGUGUCUACAAUAAAACUAAACAAAUCCAGUACUUUCUAAAGCUUAGUGGGAUUGAAAUGGUGGUUAUUAGCAUUCAAACUGUCACUCCCAAGAGGGAAGUUCCCAUGAGUAACACUCGGAGCCUAUGGACUGCAAAGAGAGGGUAACAAUUACAUCCAUCAUCAGAAAGGCUGUGAACCACUUCCGGAUCACACUUGCUCUGUUUCUUUACUUAUGGGAGUUGACACAAUUGUCCACAAAAUUGAUGGUCUUGGGGGAUUUUUGUGUACACAUUUCUCCAGUAAUAAAUGGGAACCAUUUCCAUGA